AUGGCCUUAUCCUUAACCAAUUCCAUUUUUCUAGGGGUGUUGUCAAGUACCAUCCUUCUUUCCUUUGCUACAACCCUUUUAGUAGCAGGAUCUUCACUGGAAUCAGAAGCUGUGGCUUUACUAGAGAGUGGCUGGUGGAGUAGCUAUAGCAACGAUACUUCACAACGUUGCAAGUGGCACGGUAUUUCAUGCAACAAUGCAGGAAGCAUCACCAAAAUCAACCCAUCUCCUGAUGUGAUUCAGAUUGGUGAUAGAUUUGGAAAUUUGAAUUUCUCUUCAUUUCCAAAUCUUCUCCUUCUCGAUCUUAGAGAUCGUAAACUUGGUGGAAAUAUCCCGCCUCAGAUAGGUGAUCUCUCCGCAUUGAGGUACCUGGACUUGUCCUACUGUGAGUUAUCUGGUGAGUUACCUUCUUCCCUUGGGAACCUAACCCAACUAGAAUUUCUUGACAUUUCCUAUAAUUAUAACAUUAAUGGUUCCAUCCCUUCAGAAAUUGGAAAUCUAAGGAAUUUAGUUGUUUUAUACCUCCAAGACAACAAAGUUGUUGGUCCAAUGCCUUCCACUUUAUAUCAAUUAACCAAUUUGUCUGAUCUCUACCUUGAUAAUAACCAAAUUGAGGGUUUCAUCCCUCAAAAUAUUGAAAAUUUGAAGAAUCUCAGGUUUUUAAGCAUCACUAAUAAUAGAUUUUCUGGUCUUAUUCCUCUAGCUUUAUGUCGUUUGACAAAAUUGGAAGAAGUUUACUUCGACCAAAAUGAAAUCAAUGGUUCCAUUCCUUCAGAGAUAGGAAAGCUUAACAACCUCGAAUCUCUAAAUUUCGAUGGUAACAACCUCAAUGGCCUUAUCCCUUCUUCUAUUGGUAAUUUAUCAAAAUUGCAAUUUUUGUCCCUUGAUUCAAAUCUUCUGGAAGGUCCUAUACCAAAAGAAAUUGGGAAUUUAGAAGCACUAUAUCUAUUAGUCAUCUCUGAAAACAAAUUGAAGGGGUACAUCCCUCCUGAAAUUGGGAGUUGCUUAAAUUUGCAGAGAUUGGACCUAAGCAACAAUAAUUUAGAGGCAUACAUCCCUCCGCUCAUUGGGAGUUGCUCAAAUUUGCAGGGAUUGGACCUAAGCAACAACAAUUUAGAGGGGUACAUCCCUUAUCAAAUUGGGAGUUGCUUAAAUUUGUCUGCAUUGGACCAAAGUGGCAAUAAUUUAGAGGGGGAGAUAUUUGAAGGCAACAAGGAUUUAUCACCCUACCCCUGUGAUUCACCAACCAUUCAAACCAAGAGCAGUAAAACUCCUUACUUCACAAAAAUAUUCCUACCUAUUGCCAUAUUCUCUACUUUUUCUAUUCUAGGGUGUUUGUUUUUGCAGCGGUUCAAGGCCAAAAAGGACCAAUCUGGUUCACAAACAACAAAAAAUGGGGAUUUGUUCUCAAUAUGGAACUUUGAUGGAAAGAUAGCAUAUGAAGACAUUAUUGCAGCAACAGAAGAUUUUGAUAUUCGAUACUGCAUUGGAACUGGGGGUUAUGGAAGUGUUUACAAAGCACAACUACCUUGUGGUAAAAUAGUUGCUUUGAAAAAACUUCAUCGCCUUGAAGCUGAGGAUCGGGUUGACAAGAGUUUCAGGAAUGAAGUGAAAAUUUUAUCGGAAAUUCGACAUCGAAAUAUUGUAAAGCUUCACGGAUAUUGUCUACACCAACGGUGCAUGUUUCUGAUUUAUGAAUACAUGGAGAGAGGAAGCUUGUUUAGCAUCCUAAGUAAUGAUGAUGAAGCUGUGGAGUUGAAUUGGAUAAAAAGAGUUGAGAUCGUCAAAUCCGUUGCUCAUGCCUUGUCUUACUUGCACCAUGAUUGCGCCCCCCCAAUUGUUCAUCGAGACAUUUCAAGUAACAAUAUUUUACUAAACUCAAGCUUGGAGGCUUUUGUGGCUGAUUUUGGAAUAGCUACAAUACUACAUCUUGAGUCAUCUAAUGUGACAGUUCUUGCCGGUACAUACGGCUAUUUAGCCCCAGAACUGGCCCAUACAAUGAUUGUGACCGAAAAAUAUGAUGUCUAUAGUUUCGGGAUGUUGGCAUUAGAAACAUUAAUGGGAAAGCAUCCUGGAGAACUUUUGUCAUCAUCAUUGUCAUCGCCAUCUUCUUUGCAAAAUAUCAAGCUAAUUGAUGUGUUAGACAAACGUCUACCACCUCCAACAAGCCAACUGGUUGCACAAAAUAUUGUUUACGCUGCUACUCUGGCAUUUGCUUGCUUACAUACAAAACCAAAGUCUCGACCAAUGAUGGAACAAGUGUGCAAAGAGUUUCUUUCUUCCCAAAAAUCCUUGGGGAUUCCUCUCCAAAUGAUUACUUUGUUGCAACUUGUGAACCAUCAAAUGCAUAUUGGUGGCCAAAGUGGAACUUGUCCCGUCAUAUUUGAUCACUCUAGACUAGCCGCAUGCCAUCAAAUUGCUCAAUCAUGCAAGGGGCCGAACUUUGAUAGAAGCAUGAGGAUAAUCACAUUGUCUUAUUAUGAAAAUUUUUAUAGUACUAUAGUUGCAAUAACUUGA